AGUGAUUAAUACUAUGUAACUACAGUAAAAUCAUAGUUCCUAUUAUAAAAAGGAGACCCGUGUACAGAUCGAUAUCGAUAUUUCUCGAAGAAAUAUCUCGAAAAUGCGUAAGCGUAAGACAGAAACCGAAGCGACAUCUGUCGAUUAUAUUAGUCGCACAUUGGGCUGGAACAAAUGAACCGGUAAAAACCAUCACAUUUGGCAACGUGUUUGAGUGUUUUUAUCCUAUUAUAAAAAGGAGAUAAUUUAUAAUCGUGAAACAUCAUGACAUCUCCACCUAUUAAAUAUACGACCAACAGAGCCAUUGAUCAUUUCAAUGUUGCAGCUACACUCAUGAAAAUCAUCGGCUACGUCGACAGCAUUGAAGACCUGAGAGAGUUGCCAAAGUCUCCAUCUAAGUGGAUUUACAAGUGCAUUUUAAAUAACAAUGAUGGCAGAAGGGUUCGCAUACUUUGCUCGGGGGAUGAUGCUCUCAAAUACAAGGAUGAGAUCAAGAUGUAUCAGGGAACCUUGAGGGAAAAAAAAUAUCAACGAAUAAAUAACAUAAAUGCCCAGUUCAGUUUUCUAGAUAAUAAAAAUCACUGGAGGGAUUAUUAAAGCGGCCAAUCCACAGUAUCGGCGAUCAACGGACACUGUGAGCGACAAAGAAUUUCAAUUUGCACGUAGGAGCACUUUCGACAUCUUUGGCACAUUUAACAUUACGAAUGGAGCUGACAAUGGAAGGUCGAAGGUCAUCUCAUAUAAAAAAUUGAGAUGGAGAACGUUUGUGCUGCUCGCGGGCCAGUCCAGAUCACUGGAUGGCUCAAAGAGCCAUUCAGAAGCAUUACCACGAUAAGUGGUUCGAGUUAUGGAUCUGGCAUGUUUUGCACAAGGGUCCAUCGCAUGACCAUUCACGUGGUAACAUACAUCCCGAGAGAAGAUUUGAUCGAGGGAAUCAAAAUGACCAUUAAAGGUCGAGUUGAUUGUCGUGGGGAUGGUUUUGUUCUGAAUAUUAACAGCAUGGAUGACAUUGCAGUCCUGACUGAGGAUGUAGCCCUCAAUGAAGAUGAGUUGGAUGAUGCUGUCGAAGCACCUCCUCUCAUUCUCAAACGAGGGGCAGCUGAAUCUGCAUCUGGAGAGGCGAUGGACGUCGCGAAUAAGAAACUGAAAGCUGAAUAGCUUUAAUGACGUGCUAUUUACUCUGGAAGUUCAAUUGCAAAAUUGAAAAUUUUUUCUAUAACAAGUUCUAGACUGUUAUUUUUUCACACAAAAAUUGAGUUCUAUAACAAGUUUAACACUGUUAUUUUUUUACGCAAAAAUUUAAUUCUAUAACAAGUUUAAUACUGUUAUUUUUUUACACAAAAAUGAAACAUUGACAAGCUUGAGCUCUUUAAGAAUCUGAUUUUUUACUUUUAAAGACUGCCAACUUCAUAGCAGUAAGGUUAAUACUCAUUUAGCUUUAACAACCAAAACAGAUGGAAUUAUAAUAAUCUAUUCAUGAACAUUAGUAUUUAUUCAGAAUUUAUUUCAAUAUAUGGCCCUGUUUUUGAAGAAAAAGUAUUACUAAACAUUUGUAUUUUUUAUAUAUAACAGAGAAAACUGAAGACUAAUUAAUUUUAUGAUUAAAGUAGAUAAAGCUCUCCGGAAUCACAGAUAAGUGAUACAAAGGAUGUAUUCAUGUUAAUGUUUGUUCAUAUUUCUUAACAUAUGUUGUAAUGUCAAUUAUAAUUGUUGGAACAU